AUCCUCAAGCCGCUCUCUGCCGGUACACUUCCAUAGACUUUGCGCUAUAACGGAAGACAAAGGUGUACCUGUAUACCGCACGCACGAUAGGUUAAGUUAGGAUAGCACCGGUACUUGUAUUUCUGACAAUUGAUACCUGCGUUGAGGCGGAACAGCCGAAUCACAAGUCCCAGCAAUCAAUCUCGACCGAAAUUCGAUUCCGUCCAUCGAUAUUAUCCUCCCCCGUUAACCUCCCCCCACCAUUAUCUUUACAUUUCCUACUCACCAUAUCACUCCUACAUCUCUAUCACUCACAAUUUCCGUCAGCCGUCACCAAGCGCAAGUGCCCUUAUCUCCCGCCCCUGCACUGCUCUUCUCCGGCCUUUCUCGGGAUCCUGUAAGAGACUACCUUCAACAAUUGUCGUGCUCUGUCAGCUUCGCUUCCACGCGUUGACUGUAUUGAGUGACGUUUUUUGUUCUCACGCUCUUCCCUCUUAUUUCUUCCCCACCGAAAAAAAAAAAACACCAAACCACACAUCUUCGCUUAUCUUUCCUAGCUUUUUAAGCCUUGCUAAAAUUAACCGGAAGUGUGUGACGGGUGAAGCCUUUCUCUCUUGCGAUGUGUGAUGCUGGCGCAAGGUCUUACGAAACGCACUUCUAUUGUGCGUUGUGCGGUGGCCCUUUUGCAAAAGUGUUUCGCACUGCCGUCCCCCCUGCACCCCCGAAUAAUGUCGAUUAUGAUCACGAAUUCUACGGAGGCCAUUCAACGGAUGGAGUGGAUAUAGACUUGGAGAAUGAAUUCAAUUUGGACCCGGAGGACAAUCGGGUCCUUCCCGAGGAGUUUGUGCUCAACAACAUGAGCCAUGCAGCUAAACGAAGUAGAGCGUUGCGGCUCCGUGCGGAAAAGGACGGUCUUAGAAGGGGAAUGACGGGUGAACAGAGGACCACUUGGCACGCUUAUGAUGGGAAGCUUAUUUCGACCCAGCAGAUGAAAUGGACCAAGAGCCUUCGCGCCCUCAUAUACAAGAGGGCGAAAAGACAACCACUCAACCAUCAACGCUACCUGGAUAACGGCCAGAAUGCUUACCUUACGGGCAGGGGCUUAAUUCGGCAGUCCCAGAAUUGGGCUGAUGCCUUCGCUUCAGUCGAGGAGGAUGAAGGGCACGACGAGAGUGACGGUUCCGAAGUGCCCACUGAGUUCCCAGUGUUUUCCGAUGAGGAGAUUCAACUAGGUACCUAUGGAUUUAAUGUCUACCAGGAGCUUGGCAGACCAGACGCCCAUUAUGUCAUCUCGUCCAUACCGUUUCACGACGAAUGUUGGACCAUGUUGGACCUCGCGAUUGAAGAGGCCGGUAAGGAAAGGGGAAUAAUCGAGAUGAAUGAGCGGGUAGAGAUAGAUGAUUUGUGGGGUUAUCUGAGAGGACUUGUAGGGAUGACCGGUGUGAUGGAUAGUUCCAUUGUGCCUCAAUCCAUAUGGGCGGCAUUGUUGGAAGAGCGGCGAGGUGAUGGGAUUGUUACUAGAUUGGGAGAAGUAGAUUACCGGGAAGGUCAGGGUGCGGGAGAGGGUUGGCAAUGGAAACACGAAGAAGGGCUUCAUUGGGUUGUUGCUGACCCAUCCAGAAUAUCCGUACUUAAUUCGCCUCUUCUGCCGCUGGUUUCAGACAAACGAUUGCCAUGUGCACCAAGAGCUGCGCUUAUAGACCCCUUCCAGUUACUUCCUCCGGAAAUAAUCCUUGAGAUAUGCACCAUGCUCACCUCUACUGACAUAUUCAGUCUUAAGACUGCAACACCCGCGGCACACAAUUUGGGUCUUCCCGACUCUUUCUAUCGGAGGUUUUUGCGGGACGAGUUCAAAUAUCUUCCGACUCUCGUCAAAGAGGUUAGGGACUACGAGACCUUACGUGAGCGCAAGGAACUUGACACAAUUGACUGGCGAGGCAGCUUCGAACGCCUUCGGAGGUUGAUGAUGGUCCCGAAGGAUGGAGAAGGGUGGGGGUCCGUGGAUAUUGGCUUGAAGAAUCGAAACAGAAUAUGGAAGAUCGUGAAACCUAUGGCAGAUCAUUUUGUUGAGAGCUCCCCUGCAUUAUUGCUGCAUAGAUACAAUGCACCUGGGCCUUUUGCAGAAAGGACAGGAGUAGUCAGGGGGUAUGUGGGCGUGCGUACAGGGAGACAAGGGCUAAUUGAGAGCGUUUAUUUCGGCCCUCGUACGCGAGUCAUCGAUCCAGAUAUAAAGGACGAAGCCGGGAACCCGCUGCGAGAGGAUUUGGCCCUUACUUUGGAGGUGGUUCGGGUUUGGCUUGAUUGUGAGGGUGGGCCUCUAUGUGGUCUGGGGUUUUUCGUGACUAGCGAAGAUCAGGAGGUGCAAAAGUGGGAGAGAUUUGGGAGGCGUGGUAGUGUCUAUGUGGAUGUUGACAUACGUUCGAGAACUCUGACAGGGUUUGUCUUUUGUUUGCAUAGUUACAUUGUUUGCGGAGUGCAGUUGGUUUUCAAUGACGACACUUUGUUUUCGCAGAAGAUCGGACGCUGGAAUGGGGUUGCGCGAAAGAUCACUGCGCCUUCCCGGUAUCGGAAUCUUGUUGGCGUGAUUGGCUUUGUUAACUCUGGUGGAUUUAUUGAGACACUUGGUAUUUUAGAAGAGACCCCCGAGUUGCAGCGUGAGGAUGCCAUUGGGCCUCUCACUGCUCCACCUCAAACGGUUGAUCUCUCUCACGCGGAGGCGUCGGUCUGGAAGAGGCUCCCGCCGCCGGAUGUUAAAUUACUCGAACGUGAAGGGCCCCACAUCAUGGAUUGGCGAAUGUGCAAGGGAGAGUGGGAAAUCUGGGCAAAUGGAUUUCAUGGCGAGGGGGCAGAGGAACCAUGUGGGAAUGAUAGAACACUGCUGGAAAUUGUGGGUUACUAUGAUGAUACCGCACUCAGAGGGUUGGAAUUCGUUUAUAGAGAGCAUGGCAGCGAUAAGCGGGUCGCGUCUCUCUUAGGGUCAAAGCGAGCCAAAGAAUGGGAUAGUAUUGGUUUUAAAGAGGGAGAAUCAGUGGCUGCCGUUGUCAUUUGCUAUAGUGACGCGUGUGUUCAUGGGAUUCUGUUUGUCACAGGAGGAGGGCGCACAAGUGAGGUUUUUGGGCCGCGCUAUCUCGGAACCCACAAGGUUUUUGCCCCAACAGCUAAUAUUGAUGGCCCAUCCCAAACAAUUUUUCGCAAAGAAACGACUGGGGACAUCAUAGGGUUGCACUGUUUAUAUGACGAGGAGGAUCAAAAGUUUCUGCAGUUGGGACUCAUGCUGCUUAUUGACGAUGAUCGAAUCUACGAAACUGAGCUUCCACGCCCCAUUCCUUUUAGUGACCUCGAUUCUAAACUGCAGGUGUGGGACGACGGCCCGCCUCCCAAGGAUUGGUCGAUAGCUUCUCGUCCAGGAGAGAUGGGCAUUUUCACCCGUGAUUUCGCUCCUGCGCAAUUUGGUGGCUGGAUAGCGCUUGGUUCACUGCGCAGGGUCACAAUAUAUGGCAGAAUGAAAGGAGUGCGGUUUUCUUUUGCAGAAGGAAAGGAUCGGUUCUUCGGGUAUGUUCAAGAUGCGAGCAAUGGUGUCUAUGUUCAAGAAAUCGACUAUGAGAAUGGCGAACGAGUGAUGGGGAUUGUGGUUGUUAGGGAAGACCCUCCCUGUUCUAGCCCCGGAGAAAAGCCAGGUUCUCGAGAUUCCAUAGAGAGCACAUCCACGAAUGGGGAUGAGCAGCAGUUUUUGGAUCGGAUCUACCUUCUGACAAACCGAAAUGAGGGAGAGCUUCCUCUUCCAGUCAAGUAUCGUGUUUCCUCGCCUUAUCUUGUGGCAAUCAAGUUCGAUUUUAGUUACCAUCAGCUUAUCUCCUGGGCCCCCAUCUAUGCCCCAGAUCCAGCUGUACCCGGUUCCCAGAAGCUCAUCACCGAAAUGCUUCAGCUUCCAUGGAAGUGCCGCUUGGACGAUAUCACCGCUGACCGAAAUAUCAAGCCUACCUCUCGUGUUGCCUGUAUAUUCUUUGAUGAGGAGGAGGGGAAGCAAAUUGAUGCAGUUAAAGGGUAUGUUGGCAAAAGUGGCGAUUUUUGUGGCCUCUUGUUCCGGAGGGAAGGCAACUGGGAGAGUAAUGUCUUUGGUCACCGCUCAGCCUACGAGUUGUCCUUUGAGCUAAUGGCAAGGGAACGUUUUACAUCAAUAUUUUUUCCAGAAAAAGGCCUUAAGGCAUUGGCACUCUGCACUAGCCAAGGCAGGACAACACCAUGGUUUGGUCGGGGAUCUGAACGUGUAAUACACCGUGAACCGCCAGAUGGAUUGGAAUCCGUGGGAAUUUAUGGGACUUUGGAUAGGGAGGUCAGAUGUUAUGAAGAAACCAUAGACUGGGGGACCAUAGGGUUACUAUGCCGACCAAAUCGGAGAAGCUCUAUUGUCCGCUCGGAGACCCGUGACCCGAAACCUCCGUCUAUCACGCGGUUCCCUCAAUCCGACCCUCAACUUCCGUGGUUUAGCAAUCUCCAGGCCCUUCCGGCGGAAGUUUGGCUUUCUCCCCUUGUGGCCCAAAGAGAGGAGCAAUACAUUGGGAAACCCGGAAUAGGCCGAGCCUACUCUCUCUUUGAUCCUGCUCAGCUGGACCAAAUCGUUGCGCAUGUCAACUUGUGCCACCGCGCCGGCAUAAAGAGUCUUCGGUUCUGUGGAACAUCUAGAAUGGGUUUGGUAACGUUGGGUGAGUGGCCUGAAAGGGAGGAUGUCAAAAUUAAAGGGCCUGCGAAGAUGAGGAUCUCGGGUCCGACUGGGGAGCGGAUCGAGAAGGUUAAGGUGGCAUUUCAGAGGCUUGACCAGCAAGACCGGGUGGUGGGAUUGUCCAUGGAAACCAACUUUGGCCGGCUCAAGAGAGUCUUCAGCUCGGAAUUGUGCCCUGAACGGCCGAUACAUCUAUCUCCUCAUAAUGUGAAAUGCUUAGAGUGUGUCGAAACAGAGGAAAUUGUUGGGUUUCAUGGGAUCGUCAGUGACUAUAAUAUCCAUGACCUGGGCCUUGUCCUGAGGCGAAGUCCUACGUUUGCUUCUUGAGCUCAAUCGGUGCGGUUGCAGGAGGCUUUAGUUCUGCCUCCGAUUAACUUCGUUCCUUUUCUUUAUGUUUAUACCUAUUUAUAUGAUUGAUUUUAAUCCAUAUCGUAAUGGGCGACAUUUUUUGCCUUGGAUGUAUUUUAUAGAGGCGUUGUCGUACCUUACCUUUCUCAUAUCUAGGGUGGGAAUCUGCUUUCACUCUAUUUUCUUCUAUAAUGUUUUAGGCAUCGCGUGGGGUCAUGCUCGGGGCGUGCGAUCGGUCGCUGGUGGCAGGGAUUUGAUUUAUUGUACGAGUACAAGGUUUUUAGCUCGGCUCAAUUGCUCGCAAUACAAAGGGUGCGGUAAGGUAUUAGGCAGGCACAUGCGCAGGAUGCACGGGGACGGUGCUUGGAGUUUGCGAAUGUCUAGUGGCGAGUAGCUGGGAUUUCCUGCCUCGACUGGCAAUAAAGAGGCUAAGCGUGUA